AAGCAGAAGUUUUUAUUCGGAUAAACUGGGAACUGAUUGCUACUAAUUUCUAUGAAACAAUGAGCAAGAAAGACUCCAAGGAUUCUCAUGCCAGAGUGUGCCUUAGUCGACUUACUAGAAUUUUGGAGAUCACUAUGCUUGAAGAAUUACAACAACUUGAACACACGGGGGAUGUCGCGAGAAAUCUGGAGAUCGAAAGUAAUUCGGAACCUGCACAGAAAAGUUUUUUCUACAAAUCAUCGGAAAAGAUAAACAAGAUCAUCAGCAGAAGAGGUGAAAAAAGGCUAAUAGAAUGAGUUCCCAUCAAUUUAAAAAAAUACUCCAAAGUGUUAUGAUUCUCAGAGAGAAUAUAAAAAACAGCAAGGCUACAAAGUAAAAUUUUCCUGCUGCUCCACAAAUGACAAUUUGUUAGCUUAAUCUUACUGAUAUUCUGUGAUAAGAGGCCUUAUUAUAUUGCCGGCUUUAUUUUUAUAAAGAGAACUGGAGCGCCUCUGUUCACGAUAACACUGUCUUAAGCAGUGAAAUCCUCAAAAAAGUAAGCUCUUCUAUAAAAUGGUUGGCCAAGUCCUCUGCGAUUGUUGAAAAGUCUAACUACCUUGACAUACACUGUAUGUUUGAGUCUCUUGAUCGUCCAUGAAAUAAUUUUAAUUUAUAUUAUGUUAAUACUGUAGUAACCAUAAAUUAUAAGCUCAGCAAUGUUAGAAUUAUUGUAAGCAUUAUUCCUUUAUAUUCCUCAAAAAAUAUUAAUAAUAAUGAAAAUUGUGAUAAAGUAUUUUUAUGACAUUUAGCUCCAUGCCUUUCAUCUCAUCACUAGACAUUAUUUAAAAACUUUUAUAGGCUUUACUCCCAGCUUUGUUAUUGUGCAGGCUACCAGAUUUACAUGAAGGCACAGUACAUGUACACCAGACUGCUUUGGUUGAAGGUUGUUGAUUAUUAUUCUUAGCAUGGAUGAUUUUUUUCCUUUCAGGGAGUCAUAAAAUAUUUGGCCAUUCGCUAACAGAGGAAGCUGUUCUCAGAAUCUCAACUCUUAUAAAUUACUUAAAGUCAUGUAAGUCAUUAAUUCCAGGUUGCUUAAAAUAUUUAUGAAGUGCUGUACAUUUAAGAGGAGACAAAAUCCUCCAUAAACCUUGCAGUUUAAUAGUUUAUAAUUAAAAGGAAUUUCUUGCUCACUCAGUCUUGAAAUUCUGAAGUGUAACCUACAUAAAUGACCCGAAAACACCCUUUAAAUGUGCUUAAGUUUUGACUGUGCAGGUGAAUUAGUUUGAUUCUUUCUCGAGGUCGUAAUAUUGCUGUCUGAGUAUAAUUAAUUCCAUUUGUUUGCCAUUGAUCAAAAUAUGUUUGUUACUCUAUUACAGAUGUGGACAAGGAGGGGUUGUUUAGAGUUUCUGGCAACAAGAAAAGACAAGAGGAACUAAAAGAAAUACUUGACAAAGAAGACCCAGUUAACUUUGAAAAUGGAAGAUUCACUCCACAUGAUGUAGCAUCUGUUCUUAAAAUCUUCCUCGGAGAUCUCCCAGAACCUCUUCUGACAAAUGCUCCUUUGGAUGCUUACUUACAAAUCACAGGUACAGCACUGUACUUUCAGUUGUAGCCAAACUUCAGAAGGACCUCUGGUGAUCAACUUAUAAUUUAAUGUGUAUAAGAACUGUUUAUGUUAACCUUGGUACUGAUUUGUAUCUUGCACACAUGUAAGCCUAUUUAUCAGUAAUUAAUAUAUAGCUGGAAGCACCCAUGGGCAAUAUGAAGCCAGCCCUAUGUUUUGAUUGGCUACAGGAUUGCCUUCCUUGAUCCCACAUAUGAAAAAAUUGUAGCAUGUGGACUAAAAAUGAUCAUAAUUUUUGGAGAAUUUUGGUAAUGGACUGGCAAAAAAUGGCAGUAGAUGGUCAAAACAAAGAAAACAGACUGAAUGAUUUUCGUGAGUGAAUUGCCUUACAAAAACUAAUAAUAAGAAAAAAUUAAAAAAAACAAAGUUUCUCACUGAAAACAAGAACAAAUUUUUUUUGUGUGUGUACAUUUAUUAAAGUUCCUUUAGUUUUUAGUUUUUCUAUUUGAUGUUGAGAGUAUUUAUUUUCUAUUAUAUACACUGUACAACUGAAAAGACAUGACUUCCAUGUGGUAACCAUGAACUGAUCUUAUGAUUGUGUAGAGAUUCGUAAUGAUGAAUCCAGUGCUAAGAUGAUUGAAGCAUUCCAGCUUCUCUUCUUGUUGGUGCCGCCUCCAAACAGAAUGCUGUUACAGCAGUUAUUGGAACUCCUUAAUCUUACCUCUAAGAAUCCUUACAAUAAAAUGACAGCCCACAACCUUGCUGUGGUUUUUUCACCCAACAUUAUGGGCUUCAAAGAGGUAUUGUACAUUUAUCUUGCUUUUGAUGACACAGCUCAAGAUGCCAUUGAUUGUUGAAUAAAUUCUCCCUUUUAAUGACACAGCUUAAGAUGCUCUUGAUUGUUAAACAAAUUCUCCGUUUCAGUGAAAUGGGAAAUGUGUAGAGAAAAUAUACUGUAGUACUGUCUGAUAGCUUUUACAUUAGGGUGAAUAGGGUAACUUGAUCAAUAAAUCUUUCAACUGAGGCAAACUUGAAUUCAAGAUCCACAUUCUAUUGUUACAGUUAAUGAUUGUAACUACAGGUAUUUACAAUUUAACAGUACCAUAGAAAUUAUGUAAUAUGGAAAAAUCCAAUCAACCUAUUUCUUAUGUCCUUUCUGGUCAUUUAUUUGGUAAAAAAUCAGAAAGUGACAUGCUUGAGUCGCAUUCCAGAAGACAUGACAGUUAUGCACAAGUUGGUUGCCUCCAUGAUUCAUCAUGCUGCUGAACUUUUCAAGGUUAGUACAUGUAUCUGACUGACUACUAUUAGUAUUUUUCAAUUUAAUCCUAAUGUUAAUUCAGGAAUGCAUUGGUUUUUCUUCUCUUUGCCCUUUGGUUCAUUCAGGAAACUUGCAACACCCUCUUAACUUCUACAAUAAUUAAAAUAAAAAGCAAUAUUUGUGGCUUCAAGAUCACUCUCAGUUACUCAUCCUUUGUGCAGUUAAUUUGCUUUUUCAUACUUUGAGUUUGCUUUGGUCCUUGUCAAAGACAUCUUCACUUAGACUGACUGUUAGGGUUGCUCUACCUAUGAUUUUACAACAAUCCUAGAGUGCUCUAAAUCAAUAUCGCCCCAACAAUUUGUUUAGUUUUGGUCACAGUGCAGCUGUUGAAACAGCUUGCACUCAGCCUGCAUGUGCUGCCUCUAAUUUUAUGAAAAUUAUAUUUUUUGAUAUCAUCAUGCCGAUUUGUCAAAUUUAGCUGACUUUGAUGACAAACCUCUUGGUUUUGCGACAUCUUUGGGAAACUCCAGGAGAGAGGGUGCUUUGCUGGAUAUUGAUUGAUUUUCCUUUUUCUUUUUUUUCAAAUGAAUUUUCUCUUUACAGAUUCCCAAAGGUCUGUUGGAGGAGAUUGAAGCAGCAGAGGAGUGUUUUAAAAAGGGAAGCGUGAGUUGUUUUUAAGCAAACCAAACCUGGUGUAGUCAUCAAUUGACGGGAUAAAUUGUCCUCUGUCAAUUAACAUGUAUAUGACUUUGUAAAGCCAUGAAAAAAAUGUUGAUUUGUAGCUAUAACUUUAAUGCUUGGGGCUGGGCUGUUGGAAGGGUGGAUAAUGCUAUCCAACUGAUAAAUCUCUAUCCAGCAGACAAGUAUAACAAAACACACUGCAUUAUCCAUACUGAGCCAUCCAGUGGGUAGUGAUUUAUCCAGUGGAUAGCGUUAUCCACCCUUAGAACUACAGGGACCAGUUAUAAAAUAUUUAGAAAGAUGUAAAAUUGGUCAAAAAUUUUGGUCUGGGCUAAGUGACCUAAAUAUGAGUCAUCUGUAAGGAUUCAAACCCUCAGCGGUACAGAUGUAAAGAUUGAGGGCCAGUUACUUCCAGGAGGUCCAACCCAAACCAUGGUUUUACCUAUUAUCGAUGGGCUUCAGGUUUUCUCUACAAGAGGGUUCAUUUAAUGAAAUAGUUGUCUCUUUACUGUUAGCUUUUGGCUCUCUUGACACUGUUCACAAAAAUAAAUGUUUAGACUAAAGGUUCAGCUAAACUGAGGAUCAUUUAGGAAGCAGUUUUGUUAUUUAAGCUGUGGCUAAACUUCGAAUAAUCAGCGCAAAGUACUCUUAGUUAAUGUUGACAGCCUCCAUAUGGGUGCAAUUCAAUUUCAAGACAUUCUACAGUAUGUGACUUUACAAUUCCUUUGCACCUCUCACUUCCAGGAGUGACUGAAAAAUAGUUUCUUCCCACCGUUUAACAAUUCAUUGACAGAAGUGAAGGUGAAUAGUGGUGGAUAUUUACUGAGCCACAAAGCAGUUAGGUAGAUAUCCCCCAAUUUCACCAGCACUAAGGUGAAUAAUCAGGACUCAAAAUAAAAACUGUUCAACAAACAUUACAAGUCAAAUGAAGGUUUUGUCUGUCAAAUUCUUGUACAGGCAGACAUUUUGUUUGGUAAUUUUUGCCUGUAUGGGGAAAAAUUAAUUCCAAUGUACAGUGUAAGUUCAGGCUUUUAAUACUGCUGUAUUGGGACAGAGGGAUUUAUCAAGACAUGGAUAUUUUUCUGGCCAAAAAUGGGCUGUGUCUUGAGCAAAAAUAGGUUUAACUAGACAGCUUGACUGAUUCCAUCUGGGAAAUUAUUUCAAGCCUUGAUGGUUGUUUUUAGUUAGUACUUUCCACUCAGAAACCAAUAAUUCAAAUGCUAGUUUAUUUGUGUUGGCAUACCGAGAAAUGACCCAAUAUUAAAGUUUGACUUGCUAUUUUGUCUCUUUGGCUGCUCAGAGGUAAACUUGCUAAUCAUGUCUGAACUCCAUGAGCACAAUUUGUGAAAGGGCCAGAAGUAUUGAGAAUCCAUUACCAUUCUCUUUUUCCUGACCAGAAAACUUUCACACCCAAAAACUACUUGUUACUAAAAUAUGGUGUCUCUCUUUUAGACAUGCUGUAAAGAAAUACGGUCCUGUAACAUUCCACAUAAUGUCAGGAAAUUUUGAUAAAUGUCAAAUGUAAUUUUUUUUUCUUUCCACAGGAGGAACUGCCAGUUACUCGCACAUUUUGUCAGCAAAUGGACCGAUCAUCUCAUAAACAAGCUGUCCAACAAACUACAACAGAUGCUUUGGUGCAACUCUACAAUCAUGUCAUUGACCUUCCUGAUGGACCUGUUAGGCAGAAGUUCUUACAAAGGGUUCGAAAAUUUUGUUUUUUUGUUUGAGGGGUGGCUCACAAUUUAGUUAGGGACUGAGCAGAAGAACAACUACCCUCUGAUGAAAAUUGCUUCAUCAGAAGAGUCAUUUUAUACCUCAGGAGGUUUUGCUAUCACAAAUCCGGGGUGUCCUGCUAUUAUAAGUUUUUCUUAAAAGUAAAUUCAUACAAAGAUGGGAUUUUAUCUCCUGUGGCACUUGUGGUCUUUUAGGACAAUGCCCUGUCUUUUGCUACCAACGCUCUGCUCACUUAGCUGUCUUAGUUUGAAAAUCAAUUAAUCAAAAACACUUUCUUCUGUAUAUUCUAUGAUGUACAAUAUUCAGGACUUUGUGAGCCUAAUUUUUUGGGGGGCUUUUUUCUAACAUUUCUGUCCCAUUAAGAUGUUUCCGCGUCAUCUACACCAAUAUGCCAUAGGAGUUACAUAAAGAAACCCAUCUCUUCGUUCAAAAUUCCAGUUUCUUGUUAUGUCUCGUUCAGCAGACCUUUUUCUUCCGUCGUCACUGAAAAAACGUUUGGGUUUAGAGAGUUUCGUGUAAAUGCGAUGAAUAAACUGCUGUAGCUAGGCGCUCACGGUGUAUCUCGCCGUACGGGCCAUGCUUGGUCUUACUGUUGGACGAGAAGAGAUUGGAAACAGAUGGGGUGUGGCAUGCAGGUGUUUUGUCUUCAAGAGAAGUGAACGACUACAAGUAGCCCAUUAGAAAAAACUCGAGAUUUUAUUACAGGCGGAAGUUGAGCCCGAAACAAGCCAUUCUUGAUAAUAUAACGUUAUUGCUGAUCCUGAUAGGAACACGCAAAUCUUGUCUAAACGUAAAACUUUGUGUCACAGUUCGCUGUGAUCGUAUUCCAUCAAGAGAACGAAGAACCCACUGAAAUUUACUUCGCUGCCGACAUGUGGCUGCGAACAGUUAAGUGGGAAGUAAGGAACAACACAUGUCUUAAAGGCAAGGUUGAUUGCAGUUCAAUUACGAGAACGAUUUCUUUAGUUGUAAACCUACGUGUAGAGCGUUGGUCACGUUUACCCUCGCUAGAGAAAAUAUAUUUUGACCCAGCGUUUAUUCUCCAAAGUCAGUUCUAUAUGUCCCAGAGUUGCUUGAUGGAGAGACAUUCUCUAGAGGCCGGGAUUUACUUUGCAUUCUUGGACUAAAACUGCUGCUCUUGAUUUAUCGUAGUUUGAGAAGAUGCAUCCCGGCACUCCUCCGUUUAUCCCGCGCUCAAAGAAGGUUUGUUUCGUAAUUUAAUUUUUUUUUAGUAUUUUUGAAAUGUUCAGUGACUAAACGCGUCCAUUUGCAGUGAGCGAUAUUGACUCAGCAACCGACUAAAGAUUUAAACGCACCCCCUGAAAUUUUGAAAACUCGAGUUCUCUUAGGACUUUUUCAGUUUCAUUACGAAUCGAGUCCUAAUUUCGUAAACUACUCUUAUCUGCUUUUUAUUCAGUUUUGAUUUUGCCGAUGAAGACUUGCUCAUACUUGCAAUGAUAAAUGGUGACUUGAAACCCUAAAAUAACAGAAUCAAUAUUUAAAAAAUUAGUGUGAAUAGCGGUUCCUUUCUAUGCAUAAAAGUGCGUAAAAGACUUAAAAUUAAAAGAUUAUCGAAAGAGGCAAACCAUUUUUUUAUGUGAACAUAUGGCAAACGGUAAUUGCAUUACGAACCAUAUUGUCUGCUUUGUUCACUGCAGGCCAGUUGUGUGAAAAAUCUCACUUCUUCUACUCCGGUAAACUCAGCUGAGUCUCCGGCAGUAAAGUUAACAAGAACUCCGCUGUCACCCAUCCCAGGGAGGAACACGCCUGUAACAAGUACACCAACACUGAAGAGACGAGUGGCUUUUGAUGUGGUAGAUUCUCCAGAUUGCUUCACGCCUAAAAUGCCUGUAUUCAGAGGUACACCCUUCUUCUCCAGACUAGGUUUUAAAACACCUUCAGGUGUGAUCCAUGCCGGUGACUCCCCUGCAAUCAAACACAAGCGAACUAAGUCUACGUCUCAUCCAAAAGAUUUUGUUUCCCCAAGAAAGCAUGAAAGGCGUUGUUCAGCUCAUACUCCUGGCAACAGGAGACUACCAAGAACCACUGACACACCAUUCACACCCUCAGGAUUCAUGAGGAGUGUUGAGCAGAUGGAUGAUGGCUGUGAAGCCAAAUCUCUGGUGUUCACUCCCUCAGUGAAAACUCGACGCGCCACCCCACCUCAUUUGAGACAAAACCUUUCAUCAGUUGACCACACGGUAAGCCUACAGUAGAUGUAACUAAUAUUGAAGUAGUCACAAUAACAAAUCAGAUCAAAGGUUAUCUCUAAGGUAGCCAAUAAGAACUCUAAGAAAAACAAGUAAACGCUUGAAGCGCGGGAAAACGCGAGUGAAUAAAUCGCGCUUGGUUAAGUGGAAACUGUCUACCUGUGUGGUAAAUGCGGGUCCUGGGUUCAAAUAUCUAUCUCGCCAUUCCCUGGAUUGGUUCUCGGUUACCCGGAAUUCAACUCAUUGGCUUGUACUGAAAACAGCCAACUGAUAUGCCUCCUGCUAGAUUGAAUGGUCAACCACUUGUUCUUGAUGUGAAGUAUUUGUUUCAUUGUUUGUUUGCGAUGGCACUGAAAAAGCCCCUUCCGAGGGAACGGUUCAUUAAUUAGUUAUUUGAACUAUUUGUGUUGGUUUUGUGUCUGAUUGGUUGGCAGAGUUUGGAGCAAGUUUUCUGGACCAUUUACAGGGUGCAAUGAAACACGAUCAAUACAAUCCCAAAUUUCCCUUCACACUCAAACGAAAUGUAAUUUCACAACCAAAUGUGUUUUUGCAACGUUUAAUGCGUGAAACAAUGCUAUUCAGGUACAAGCCAAAAAAAAAUGGAAGUCUUGCUUAGACACUUUUUCCUAUAACCCAAAUAUGAUAAUGGGAUUUUUAGGGAGGUUCACAUUCUGAAGUGUAUCUAUAAUCAAAAUCAAAAUAAAUCAGGUAUCGUCCAUUCAUAAGAAAUACGAUAUAACAUUAGUGGUAUUUCCAUCUUAACCGUUUAUACCCUAAGAUUAAUAUACAUAUUCUCCACACUGCUGUCUUAACAUUUCCAAAGGUGCUGUUCACAAUCCAGAGCUUCUUUAGCUGGUGACCAUUUCCUCAUGCUCGUGACCCUAAUUUUUUAUUCCGGGGUUAUAUUUUUAGGAGAAAUUAGAUGCUAGUUUAUCUAAAAGGAAAAAAAAAUCGCUUUAUCUCGACCAUUAUUCAAUUUGUCGAUGGCAAGUAUUCAUUGUUAACAGUCACAAACACCAUCGCGCGGUGCUGAAUCAAAGAACUUCUCUGAAAGCAGUAAAUAUACAUAAGCGCUAAGAUUUUUUUCUCUGAAAGGGAAGAGGUUCUGUAUUGGUAUAAUUCUUGAUAAGUUAUAUUUUUUUUCUUUUUUUCUUAGAUGGAUGAGAUUUACGUCUGAUUAAACCCGUGCUGUGAUCACCAUCAAGUCGUAUUGUUCCUCGUUGGCUUCUAAACCAAAUUUCCAGCUUUACAAGCAUUCAACUUUUCCAUGGUUAAUCCUUACCUGCUUGGACGAAAACCGUUUAAAACGCCCAAUUAUCUAUUUCUAACUAAAGUCGAUUUCAAAUGCUACAAACAUGUUUCACUUGGACAGGUUUCUCAUGUUUCUGCAAUGUCGUGAUCAUUUUUCUAAGCCUGGGGAAUCAGCAGAUUUGGGCGUGGGUCAUCGAAAGUCGUGUAAAAUGGUUCAAAAUGAUCGGCCAGAGAAAAGCAAAGCAAGAAAUUUUCUGAUUGAAUGGUUGUUUCCACUUAAGUUGAAACCCACUUCCAGAUCAUUGCUCAUGAAAUACAUAAGCUAAGAAAUUCCACGAAAAAGAUUGUGGGAAGUCACGAACGUUUUAAAGCUUGAAUGAGUAGAUACGACUCUUGUUUGAAUGUUCGCAUCUUUGUGUACCUUUUACUCCUGGGGAACAUCGAAUAUGACUCAAGAAGCUGUAAGAGGUGGUUAAGCUACUUAGAAGUUUAAAGAAGAGAAAAAAAAGGCUUUUGUAUAUAUUUGUAAAUAGAACCAAGAUGUAGAGUUCAGUUCUGCUUGAGAUAAUUUAUAUCUUCUGGUUAAAAAAACAAAACUUUUUUGUGAAUGAUGGUCCUCAUGUUUUUUCUAAA